AUGCUAUGCUUUGCGCACCGACUGGACCCAGCUGUCCAAAGCCUUCAGAGGCAUAUAGAGAAUGAUGCAGAGUUAAUCCAGCUGUUUGGAAAGGCGUUCAGUGAGAUUCCUGAAGAGUUCCUGGAGGAUUCUGAGGAACAUGGACAUGCACGCAUUCGAAACUACAGCUCCUUAAUAACUGCGAUUGACCAAGCAAUCAAGACAGUGCCUUGGUGGAGCUCAAUCGCUGAAACGCAAUGUAUCAUCGCUUUUCCUAUAAAUGAAGCAAUGAUCUGGUUCAUGAAUACCCGAACAGGGUCCCAGAUUCUCAGCCGCAAAGACAUCAAUGCCCAUUUUCUCGCCAUCCUCCAAAAAUGGGGCCAAUAUCUCUCAUCGCCGGACUCUGCUACCGCCAUUCACGAUCGGGAGAGCGGCUGGGUGUCCAAGGGUGCCCUGAAGGAGCUGUUAGAAGUGGUCAACAAUGCCCAUAACACUCCUUUCCAAGCCUCGUCUUUCGAGGAAGCGUUUAUCUGUGAGCCUUCACUGCCAUCUUACGGCUUUCGGUCCUGGGACGACUUCUUCACUCGUCAGUUUCGACCCCCAAUGCGGCCGAUAGCAUCCCCAGAGGACGACCGCAUUAUCAUCAAUCCCUGCGAGUCGCAACCAUUUGCACUCAUGAACGACGUCCCCGCCGAAACCCAGUUCUCACUCAAGGGGACGACGUAUUCGCUGCAGGGCAUGCUCGACAAUGAUCCCCACGCGUCGACAUUCCCCGGAGGCACGGUCUUCCAAGGCUGGCUAUCGGCAUUCAGCUACCAUCGAUGGCAUGCCCCAGUGGCAGGAACCGUCGUGAAAGUUCUCCAAAUCCCAGGAACCUAUUUCGCUGCGGAUCCCUCCAAGGGCUUCGAGAACAUCGAUCAUUCCACCGGGAGACCCAGCCCCGAUCGCCAAGCGCCCGAUGCCUCGCUGCAGAUGAUUGCAUCCAUUGCAACCAGAACCGCGAUCUUGAUCCGCGCAGACAAUGAGGCCCUGGGCACCGUGGGGUUCCUUGCCAUCGGCAUGGCGGAUGUAUCAAGCUGCGUGUCUACGGUUUCUGCUGGAGACCAUGUGUUCAAGGGCCAGGAAAUCGGCAGUUUCCAUUACGGGGGGAGCUCCUUUUGCUUGCUUUUUCAACCAGGCGUGAACUUGCACUUUUCGCCUUUGGUGGACGCUUCCCUGGCCCGUACAAUAGGGAUCACAGGCCGGUGUAUCGCUGUGAAUAGCCAGCUGGCAUCGUUGUAA